UGUGGGUUUUAUGACAUUUAUAUAAUUGAAGGCAUUCACACCAUAUUAAGGCCUACAACUCUUAACAGGCGGGGUUCCCUUUAAACUACUGCUUUUGUAUCUGUAAAAUCUUUGCCGGAGACGUAUUUGUAUUUCAGAAAUACAAAUAAAUUACAGCCACACUUUAGACAGUUCCGCUUUCGGCAUUUUCACUGAGUUUAACGUGAUCUAAACUAACGACAGAGCGAGUGUAUGACGUUUGUACAGAUGCAGACGCCUCCGAAAUUAAGCCCUAACAUCUGCGUUGCGAUUCGGUCUGAAAUGCUACCCAGCAAAAUUGGGCAGCAGCUGGGUCACCCCACUCAGUCUCUGCUCGGAUGGAUGGUGAAAAGAUUCCUUCUCUGGCACAACGAGGUGCUGGAGAAGAAUGCUGUGAGGCUGUGUGGGAUCCAGCCGGAUGACACGGUCCUGGAGGUGGGGUUCGGACCAGGCCUGGGGCUGGAGUUCGCUGCCUCCCUCCUGUCAGGCACCAGGGGGAAGCUGUUUGGGGUGGACUAUUCGGAGUUCAUGUAUAAGUUAGCCAGCAAGAGGGUCCAGGGCCACAUUUCCAGUGGAAAAGUGACCCUGUAUCAAGCCAGGGUAGAGGCCAUGCCUUUGCCCGACAACACCGUGGACAAGGUCUUCCACUGCAACUGCUACUACUUCUGGCCUGACCUGAGGGCUGGGACUGCAGAGAUCCACAGGGUGAUGAAACCGGGAGGACAGAUGGUGGCGACCCUUAAAGUUCAUAGUUUGGCAAAAUUGGCAUCCAAGAAGAUCCUUACAGGAGAGAACUGGCACCCUGAGGCCUACAUAGAUGCCCUCCAAGCAACCGGGUUCACAGAUAUCCGAAUGGAGGACAAGAAGGAUAAACACAUAACUUACCAAGCAAUAUUUGCCACUGCCUCCAAGUGAAUGAUGCCAGGCUUUACCAAGUACAAAUAAACGAUGUUCAGGAAAGGGUUGGCAUUAAUCUGUUUCGCCGAUCUGGUGACCUGUUGACUGCUGCACCUCGAUAAAACUGUAGCUGGGACAGGCCUCCAAAUCAAUUCAGGCUAUCAAUGAUGUCUUUCAGUGUUGUAACCAUAAUAACUAAUGAAAGCACACUUUGAAGUCAUGUGGCAAGUUUGUGAUCUGGGGAUCUAAUUAUUUAGUUUGCAAUUUGGAAAUAGACAGUAAAUGGCAAAAAUCUCAAUUUCUGAUUUUAUUGUGCUCACUGGAUAUUGAAAUGUAGCCUAACUGCUUGUAAGCUAUUAGUGUAAUUUCAAAAUGUUUCUUUAUGAUACUAUUUGUACUUUUAAAACGAAUUGACACCUUAGGUUAGGCACUGUAAAGUGCAUGUCUUUAGCUGGUACAGUGUACUUCUUCCACAACUUGCAUUGUAGAUUUAAGUAGAUACAGACUAGAAGGCAAACACCAGUAUUUUUUGAGGCGCAUGCUAUUAGUUUUUAGUUAGAAGUUACAGUACAUUGUAAACACUGCUUAUUUUGCUUUUAUUUCGGUCUGCAGAUCCAGUCACAACUGUAAUUUUGGUUUGUUGUUGGUUAAAUAUGCUUGUCCAGAAAAUCAGAGGCUUGUCACUGAAAGCCAACAAUGAUUAAAGUUAAAAAUGGU